GAGCAUUGCCAUGUGUCUUUAUAAUGGAGCAGAUCGUCGCGUUAAACAUAAAUAACAGAAGAGCAAAGUCGCAGUAGGAUCUGCUUGAACCAACCAGCUUUUCAGUGUCGGUACUGUGGUCUCCAGCAUGGGCAGACUGGACGACGCUGCCAAGCGCAAGGUGGUGGAGCUGCGGGAAGCAGGUUUGAGCUUCCGUAAGAUCAAAGCCGUGCUGGAGCUGGAGAACAUCAAGGUGUCUGCACAGGCCAUCUUCCUUUUCCUGAAGGAGUUUCAAGGGAGAGCUCGAAAACAGGACGGAGCGGCUGCGAACAGCAGCCAUCCGGUGCCGGUGCAAACAGCAGCCAGAGACGUGACCAGCUGUGAGACGCGGCCAGCCGGCUGGAGUGAUCAGCAGCUGAGGAACCUCCUCAGAGAAGCUUCUCGAGUCGCUGCCUCCCAGCAGGCCGGAUCGUCCUCGGAUGCGAGAGGAGGACAGUCUUCCAGGACGGGUUCGGCAGGUAUAAGGGUGGCACAAGGUAGGGAACAAGAUGAGGACAUCCGGAUUGUCAGCGUCACCUCGUUGGCACAGGGUACUCCGCACACUGGUGUCCAAGGGCCGCGUUCAGCAGUGGGAACGGGAGCGAUGAGUGGUGCUAAUUAUAUAAGACGACGACACACACCUUCACCUGCCAAUCCUGUGCUAGUGGCUCGUAAACGACUGCUGGAUAAGGCUUUGCUCCAUAGAGCACGGGAUCAUGUGAUUCUGAAGACUGGAGUAAUGCCUGCUAAUAAUUUGACUAUUUUCAUGGUCAGAGACAGCGUUCCACAGAGUGGCCAGCAGGUGUCGCUGUCAGUGAGACGAGACCCGUCCUGUUUCUCUGGAUCUGAAGGCAGAAAGCUUGCGUUACCUCAGACGGCUUCUUAUGACCUGACUACAGCCAGACCUCCACACAUGAGAUCAUUGCACCAAGGAGCCAGUCCUCAUAGGAGGUUGAUGCACCAGCGGGUCGGCGUUCCCGUUCGCGCUCCUCAACACCCUCCACGUGUCGGCAUCCACCUCCCCGACCCAUCCACCACUGGGAUGACGUCCCAAAAUUCAGCCCCCCCUGCACGGGUCCAAAACGUGAGCAACCAGCCUUCACCUCCUCCCCAGCGGAGCGGCCUGGACCCUGGAGCCUUGAGCGGCCUGCAGGAACAGAUCCAGCUGUUGGGCUCCGAGCUGAGAAGUUUGGGACUGGCGUUGAGGAUGAUGGUGGACCAUCAAGGCCGACUGGAGAGAGAACAAGCCCAGCAGACCCAAGUCCAGAAGCAGAUCCUCGGCACCCUGCAGAAUCUCUCAUCCAAAUUUGAGCCUCUGCAGUCUACAUCUGCGCCAACGUUACCAGCGUCUUGUUCCCUGGCCUCCUCUGCGCCCUUCGGCCAGACUGCGACCGGUCAGGGUGCUUACGCUCAGUGCAGCCAAGCCCAGACGCGAUACAACGAGAUCCAUGAUUCCGGUCUGGAGAGCAUUGAGGUGUUUUCUCUGGACCAGCUCAGCCCACCUACCAUGAACGGGUUUCAGCAGUGCCCGACCUCCGGCGGGCCCCCGUUCACCCACGCACAAGCGCGCACGCCGACUUUCACGCAAACAUUCGCGCCCAGCGCACUCCAGUACACUCAGCCGCACACAGACUCCUUUACGGGGAUGGAUAACAAAUCAGUAGACAUGCCCUCCACCAGUGCAGGUGGGUCAUUCCAGGCUUGCAGCCCCCCUAACCAGUCCUCUAGUCUUCCGGUUUCACCCCACGAGCCCGAGCUGAACAUCAUUAAGGUGGAGAACGUCUGAGAAAUGGCUGAAAUCUGGACUUCACUGUAUUUUAUUGCACACAACUGUUUUAGCUUCCCAGAGAAACUCAUACCAGGAAACUUAUACUAAGUAAAAAGGUUUCCCCUGCUUUCCGUUUUGUUUAAUUGUAUACAGUAAUUUUGCCUUUUUAUAGGAAAAGAAAAUAAAUAUCAGUAGACAUGGUUUGUCCUGUUAUUUUUGCAUUUUUUAAUUUGUUGAUUUUAGCACAGUAUCGAACCACAGUAUCAAUAGAAAUGU